CGCAAAAUUACUUUGACGACCAGGACCUAUUUUUGGUACCAACAACAUAUAGAAUCCAAACUAGGGCUCCAACCCUCUCUCUCUCUCUCUCUCUCUAUCCCUCUCUCACAGAGGCCCCAGCUGAGACACUCAGACACAAAAAUUCAUAGAGAUCAGAUUCAGAGCUCUCAAGCCCGCCAUUUUAACGUAAUUGGCUAAAAUGACAGAGCCUUCGAAAGUUCUUCAUGUUCGAAACGUGGGUCACGAAAUAACUGAGAAUGAUUUGCUUCAACUGGUUCAACAAUUUGGGGUUGUCGCCAAGUCGGUGAUGCUUCGUGCUAAAAACCAGGCUCUUAUCCAGAUGCAGGAUGUGGCAUCUGCUGUCAAUGUAGUGCAAUACUACACGAAUAUUCAGCCUAGUGUUCGGGGGAGAAAUGUUUAUAUUCAGUUCUCUUCACAUCAAGAACUGACUACAGUGGAUCAGAAUAGUCAAGGGCGCAACCAGGAUGCACCGCCUAAUCGAAUUCUCUUAGUCACAAUUCAUCACAUGCUAUAUCCCAUAACAGUGGAAGUGCUUCAUCAAGUGUUUUCUCCUUAUGGUUUUGUGGAGAAGAUUGUCACAUUUCAGAAGUCAGCUGGUUUCCAAGCCCUCAUCCAGUAUCAGUCACGCCAGAGUGCUCUUUCUGCAAUAGAUGCCCUUCAGGGAAGAAAUGUAUAUGAUGGCUGCUGUCAGCUGGAUAUUCAGUUUUCAAACCUUUCUGAGCUACAAGUGAACUACAAUAAUGAGCGCUCCAGGGACUUCACAAACCCAAGUCUACCUUCAGAACAAAAAGGCAGAUCCUCACAAUCUGGGUAUGGUGAUGUUGGUAGCAUGUAUGGUCUUCAACCUCCUGGAACUGGGGCAGUAGGAUUUCCACAGAUGGGAGAUGCUGCAGCCAUCACAGCUGCCUUUGGUGGGGGCCUGCCUCCUGGUAUAAGUGGCACAAAUGACAGGUGCACUGUCUUGGCCUCUAAUCUAAAUCCUGAUAAAAUUGAUGAGGAUAAGUUAUUCAAUUUAUUUUCCCUCUAUGGAAACAUUGUGAGGAUCAAGCUUCUCCGUAGUAAACCGGACCAUGCCCUCAUUGAAAUGGGAGAUGGAUUCCAGGCAGAGUUGGCUGUACACUUCUUGAAGGGAGCAUUGCUGUUUGGAAAACGGCUGGAGGUAAACUUCUCAAAGUAUCCGAAUAUAACACCGGCCCCAGACACACGUGAUUACUCCAAUUCAAACCUUAACCGCUUUAACCGUAAUGCUGCGAAAAACUAUCGAUAUUGCUGUUCACCAACCAAGAUGAUCCACCUGUCCACCCUCCCUCAAGAAAUUACAGAAGAAGAAAUAAUGAGCCACCUGGAGGGGCACGGGACCAUUGCAAACACCAAAGUCUUUGAGGCAAAUGGGAAGAAACAAGCCCUAGCCCUGUUUGAGACCGAAGAGCAAGCCACUGAGGCACUUAUCUGCAAGCAUGCCAGCUCCAUCGAUGGAUCAAUCAUCAGAAUCUCCUUCUCCCAAUUGCAGUCUAUUUAGGAAAUAUUGCAUGAACCAGGAGCUUCAUUGAAGGACUGUUGUGCUCAAUUAUCUUCUCUCAUUGUUCUCUUUACAUUUAAUUUGCCCCUCUCAACCACUUGCGGAUGUUUGCACUUUCUCUCCCUUUUUAAUUCUCAAAAUUUUCUAAUUUUCAUCGUUUUCUGUUCUUGUGUAUAUUCUUGGUUUGGUAAUUGGUGUUGUUAAAAGAUUUA